UGAUUUCAGGCAGCUGUAUUAAUUUUUCGUUAUGUUUGUUUCAUUAUUUGACUGACUACAAAACCAUACAAUAAGGAAGGACCAACCAAGAAGCUAGCUACAGGAACACCUUCAAUGGGAAAUGUGGAUGUGGAGCAUGGAGGAAAUCAUGAUUUCAUUCAAGAAACUGUUCAAACUAUUGUUGCUUCUAUUGAAGAACAGAAUCAUACCAACCGAGGACGUUCACCGUUCAUUCACAAGGUUCAUAGUUCUCUCCGGAAUCUCAGCGCAAGGUCUUUCAACCCGCGGGUGGUCUCUAUUGGACCUCUGCACAGAAAUAAAAUAAAUGUGCAUGCAUUUCAAGUGGAAAAAGCCACUUAUCUUAAAGCUCUAUUGAACCGUUUAGCUGAACUCAAGUUCCCACAAGACCAAAUACUGGGAGAAUGUGUGAAGAAGGUGAAGGAUUCAAUAGGCGAAAUCAAGGCAUGUUAUCAAGGAUUAGAUACCACCACGAUCAACGACCUUGAUUUUGUCAAAAUGAUGGUCAUGGAUGCUUGUUUCAUACUCGAAUUCGUUUACUCGUUUUCCGGAAAAAAGUUGCAAUUACAAGCCCAAUCUGUUAGUUACGACCUGGUGCUUCUAGAAAAUCAGAUCCCCUUCUUUGUUCUUAAUGACAUAUUUCAGUGCACUAUCUUCAAAAUAGAUCCAUGCGUCACUGUCAUUCAACUCAUUAGUGAACUUCUAGUUUUCGUCAACCUCUUCAAAACAAAGCUAAGGACCAGCCAUAUCUCCAUUGAUCCAAUGCCUCAUCACAUUCUUUCUAUUCUGCACAGAUGUUACGAGCCUCAAGAUAAUAUUGUAUCAGAAUUUUCAAACUCAGCAAUGCACUCAGUCGUUGAACUGGAUAGAGCAGGGGUGAACUUUAAGCCAAACAGCCAAGAUACAAAGUGGGCAAUGGCGAUGGAAGUGGAAUUCUACAGGUUCCCAUGGUAUUGGGAUAAGCCUACUCUCAGAAUGCCAGUAUUGAACAUUCAUCAUUUCACCGAGUCGGUUUUAAGGAACCUCAUUGCGUACGAGCAAUCGUCUGGAGAUCUCAAUUACAUUACAUCAUAUGCCAUGGCUAUGGAUAUGCUAGUGAACACUCAAGACGACAUUGCCAAGUUGGUACAGUCAAAAGUACUCGUCGCCAACAUGAGUUCGAACAGUGGCGGACGCAGAAAAAAAUAUUGUAGGGGGCACAAAAUUAACCAACAAAAUUAA